UCCCAAACCGUUGCUCUUCACUUGCAGCGAAGCCAAGCCAGAGACAAAAAAGAAUGGCUUCUUCAGCGUCAGCUACUGUGCUUCUCUCUCUGACCAUUACGGCACCGUAUCCAAAGCCAACCACUUGCCGUUUCCUUCUCCAACCUCGAAACCGUUACCUCAAUCUCUCUUCUUCAGCCAACUUCUCAACUAAAGCUCUCUUCUCUUCAUACAAUUCCAACUUGGUUCCACUAACUAAAGAGCUUGAAACGAAUUGUAAUUCUUUAACUCUUCGUGAAAUUUGCCAGGAUCACUUGCCGGACCACGUGCUGGGCAGGAUGGAAGAGCUUGGGUAUGUAAUGCCGACCGACGUACAGAGGGAAGCUUUACCUGUUUUAUUCUCUGGAAACGACUGCAUUCUUCAUGCUCAGACAGGUUCUGGGAAGACGCUGACUUACCUAUUGUUGAUUUAUUCGGUUAUAAACCCUAAAAGAUCGGCUGUGCAAGCUUUAAUUGUGGUUCCCACCAGGGAACUUGGCAUGCAAGUUACGAAAGUGGCUCGGAUGUUGGCUGCAAAGCCUAUGGACCCUGAAGUGGAGCAGAAGUCGUAUACUGUUAUGGCGCUUUUAGAUGGAGGAAUGUUGAGGAGACAUAAGAGUUGGCUGAAGGCAGAACCACCUAAUAUAGUGGUAGCGACAAUUGGAAGUUUGAGCCAGAUGCUUGAGAAGCAGAUAUUUAAGCUUGAUUCUAUGCGAAUAUUGGUAGUUGAUGAGGUUGAUUUUAUAUUCAAUUCUUCAAAACAAGUUAGUUCCAUCCGGAAGCUUUUGACAUCAUAUUCUUCAUGCAACAACCGUCAGACUGUUUUUGCCAGUGCAUCCAUCCCCCAGCACAGACGAUUUUUACAUGACUGUAUACAGCAGAAGUGGACAAAGGGGGAUGUGGUUCAUGUCCAUGUCAAUCCAGUAAAGCCCAUGCCAUCAUGCCUGCUUCAUAGAUUUGUGAUAUGUGGUAGAAAAGAGAAACAUCGGCUAUUACUAUCUUUAUUACAAUCUGAUCUGCCCGAGUCUGGUAUUAUUUUUGUUAAUGAGCAGUCUGAGAAGUCAAAAAAGGCUGGGAAAGCUCCUUCAACAACUCUUAUCAUUGAUUUUUUAAAGGCUUCAUAUGGAGGUUCUUUAGAGAUCAUUCUUUUGGAGGACAACAUGAAUUUCAAUUCACGAGCAGCUUCACUAUCAGAAGUGAGGCAAGGAGGCGGCCAUCUCCUUGUGUCUACAGAUAUAGCUGCUAGGGGGAUUGACCUGCCGGAAACAACUCAUAUAUACAACUUUGACCUGCCAAAAACUGCUAUCGAUUAUUUACAUCGGGCUGGAAGAACAGGUAGAAAGCCAUUUUCAGAUAAGAAGUGCACUGUAACAAAUAUUAUAUUGUCAGAAGAGCGUUUUGUUUUGCAAAGAUACGAAAACGAAUUAAUGUUUAACUGUGAAGAGCUUAUACUGGAGACCCUAUGUUAAAAUUUUCAAUUUAUGGGAAAGUUCCUGCUUCCUUCUUA